GGCGCGGUCCCGCCCCCGAGCCGCCCCCGGGCCGCCGGGCGGGCUGACAGAGGGCGGCAGCGGGGAUGGCGGCGGCUCGGGGCCGGGUGCUGUGCCUCUUCGACGUGGACGGGACCCUGACACCGGCCCGACAGAAAAUCGAGCCCGAGGUGGACCGGUUCCUGCAGGAGCUGCGCGGCAGGGUGCAGAUCGGCGUGGUGGGCGGCUCCGACUACUCCAAGAUCGCCGAGCAGCUGGGCGAGGGGGACGAAGUCAUCAGUAAGUUUGACUACGUCUUCGCAGAGAAUGGCACUGUGCAGUACAAGAACGGGCAGCUGGUCUCCAAGCAGGCCAUCCAGGACCACUUGGGAGAGGAGCUGCUACAAGAUCUCAUCAACUUCUGUCUCAACUACAUGGCGCUGCUGAAACUGCCCAAGAAACGAGGAACCUUCAUUGAGUUUCGCAACGGGAUGCUGAACAUCUCCCCCAUCGGACGGAGCUGCACGCCGGAGGAGCGAAUCGAGUUCUCCGAGCUGGACAAGAAGGAGCGGAUCCGGGAGAAGUUUGUGGCAGCCUUGCAGAGGGAGUUUGCUGGCAAGGGCCUGCGUUUCUCUCGAGGUGGCAUGAUCAGCUUUGACGUCUUCCCGGAAGGCUGGGACAAGCGCUACUGCCUCAACGUGCUCGACGACGAGAGGUUUGACACCAUCCACUUCUUCGGGAACGAGACGACCCCGGGAGGGAACGAUUAUGAAAUCUAUGACGAUCCCCGGACGGUGGGGCACAGUGUCCAGUCCCCCCAGGACACGGUCCAGCGGUGCCGCGAAAUCUUCUUUCCAGAGAGAGCGAAUGAGUACUGACUGUGAGGGCACAGCAGCCCUCUCCCCCUCUUUCUCCCCCCACGAGGAAAAGCACCUUCAUUUGAGGAAUCUGCUCAGGGUUAGACUGAAAAACACUUUCCGGAGCUGGUCAGGAGUUAGCUAACGUGUGAGUGCGGGUGGGCGUGCAGAAGGGGGCCUCUGUUGAUCAGCCCUUCGGCACGCCCCGUUCCCGGCUGAGGUUUGUGGGACCAGGCAGUCCGUCCGCCAGCAAAACUUCUCUCUUGCCAGCUUGGGCCUCGGUGGGCAGCAGUACCUGCCUGCGGGACCUGAACGCAUUGGAAGGGGCCACUCCUAGCCGAGUGUGUGUCCGUCCGUCCUUCCCCUUGCUCCCUUCUUCUCUUUUUCACUCUGUUUCUCUCCACGCUUCUGCACAAGGGAACACACGUCUCACGUUUCUCUCCCCUUUGCCGGGAAGGUGGGUCUGCUCAGGCUCCAGGCAGUCGCUGGAGCUGCUCCAAAGAGAAGGGCCGAUGAGGCAGUCGGCUCCGAGCCUCGCGUAGGAAGGGGAGCACCCCCUCUUGAAGGUCUCCAGCGAGGAGACUCCACAACCUCUCUGGGCAACCUGUGCUGGUGCUCAGUCUUCCCAUCUGCGUGUCCAUGAGGACCAAGACACGCCAAAUCUAGUUCCUGGUGCGAACGGAGAUCGACACCAAACAGUGCCCUCCAAGCCUGCUUUUCCACCCCGGCUCCUCCCGUGCGCUGGGUUUAUGCGGUCACCUUUAGGGAGGCAGGUUCCCCAGUGCAGCUGCCCCGUGUCUGCUCUCCUGGGACUCGGUGGGUAGCAAACCCAAACCUCAGCCUUCGUUCCUGGCCGUUAGGAGCCCCGCACCGCUCCCUGCCAGUGUGUCACGGCCACUGACACCGGAUUGUCGCUGUCUCAUGGUCCUGUUUUCUCUCGCUUUUUCUCCUGCUUUCCUUGCACCCCGCACCUGUCCACGCAGCCCCGUUGCUCUUUGCCUCCCACCCAGGAUCUGGACUGCAGAGAGAAGUUUCUCAGCUGCUGCCACCUAACCACGGGACCAAGCUGCUCAGGCGAGACACUUGGUGCUCCUACGCCCAGGGCAGGGCUCCCACAUCACCACGGGCACAGCCCCGAGUGGACUUUGGUACUGUACUGGUACGAGCAGGGGUGCUGUGCGCCCAGCGCAGUCGGGGUGCUUGCUUCUCCGUGUGACGGUACCUCCUACAUUCAGCACGUCGGGUCUGUAAUGCAUCAGAUCUGCAUGAGUGCAGCGGUCUGCCUGGCAUCCAGAAAUCCCCAACAAAUGCACAAAUUCCUCUCUCUGCCCAGACGAAAUCUGUGUGGGAGAAGAGGGCCUGUUGGAGAAGCCUGAAUGCAGGGGACCCUCUUCACAGGCUUGGCCCUCCACUGCAACCUUCGUGGAGGAAUCGUCUUUUGUGGUUCCUCUUUCGCUUUCACUGAGGAUCAGGUUAUGUGUGGGUGUUUGGUGUUGGUUGGUUGGUUGGGUUUGGUUUAUUUUCCUUGUAAAUCUAUUCCAAGUCAGCAGGAUCUCUGGAGAGCUCGGUGGUGGUGAAGGUGCAGGACACCACGGCAGCCCUGGGGGCUGAGGUGACCUCUUUGUGGAGACACCCCAGGGCCAUCAUGCUGUAAGGGGGGACAACCCGCUUGUCUUGCUGUAGCUCUGGCUGGGUUCUUUGGCGUUUCCCAGAGGCAGAGAGGUGCCUGCUGCCCUCUGGGGCCCGGGAGGCCUCCACACGCCUGUCCCAUAGCGUGACCCCACGGGGGUUUCUCCCACACGUGUGCGUGAGCGAGUGGGUGUGGUGGGCCCCGUGGCGGGGACUGUGCCGCCGUACGGUUCUGUGUCUGUGAGGCGGGUGGCUCCUGUCUGACUGGUACCAACUGUUAAAUGAGAAAUAUAUUUAAUUAAAUAUAUAUAUAUAUGUAUAAAUCAAUCCUAUUAAAGCCACAACGUGCAGCUGUC